UUUGUUUAGUUUUGACUUAAAACUAUGUGUUGAAUAAUUUCAGAUUUAACCAAAUAAAUUAGAUUAAGACAAUGGAUUUGAGAAAAGUUUUAAUCCAGUCAAGGAAACUUCCUGCCCAGGACGUGGAAAGAUUGUGGGAAAGCAUAUACAAACAUAAUGUGAAAGCAGAGAUUCUUAGCUCUAUCUUAGCCUUUUACCAACAUCACAGAGUGUACCCGCCACCUGUACAGAGGGCGUUUGACUCUCUUCUUAUUGCGUUCACUGGCGCAAAGGUGCCUCGUAAGCUACGGACACUGCUCUUCCAAACAGUGGAGGAGAUGUGUCAUUGGCUUAGUCCCUCUUGUGUCAAGGACACAGUAAAGCUGUCAAUGAGUCCUAGCGUUGUGGCCGGCUUGUUGCCGUGUUUCCUCAUCAACAAGGACAUUCCUCUACCCUCACACAAUGCUUACGAGUGGUUGAUUGGCUCUCUGACAAGUCCAGGAUUGUGUUUAGAAGACAGAGCUAGAGUGUUGAGAUUUCUAAUGACAACACUACCAGGUGAUCUGACCCCUUCACUCAAUAAACAGCUGAUCUUGUGGCUCUCCUAUUCCCGUUCACCGCAGACGACAAGUGGGCUGUUCAGAUCAGCUGAUGUCACUGAGCUGGAUGGUUCUUCUGCUGUGGGCAUAUGCACAGCUUUCACCUUAGUUUCCAGUAUCAGUGAACUGCACUAUCUGAGCCUAGUGGCGUUUUCUGGCAUUAGAAAAUACCUGCGUCGUACCAGGGACUCGGUUGAUACAGCCCUGGUCAAUGCUGUGUGCAGUUACUGCAGCACGCUGUUGGCACAAGCUGGCAAGCGGCCUACCCAACCACACGACAAGCUGGUAGUGGCAGCGACGUUGGAGGAGGUGGUGAUGGUGUUGGCUGCAGUAGGACAAGUAGACCCGAGUAGCUCUGGGAAGUGUCAGCUGAUGACGGGGAGACUGCUACACCUGGCGGAUCAGCUGAAACUCACAUCGCUGCUUGUCACUGUUUGGCAAUACCAGAUAGAACAAGGUAAGGAGAGCACUCUGACAGAUAGAAUAUUGGGAAACACCGUCAAAUCAGAGUUCAGCCAAGGUCAUAUAAGCCACAGAAUAGCCACAGUGUUGGCCAGAUUCGGCCAUGAUGUGCGUCUAGCCAGCCAGGUCGCUCGCUACUUGCCCAACAUCCUCAAACUGCUGGCUACUCACCCGUCAACACUGGUCGAAGAGUUCAUGGUCAUCGUCUCUUGUGCUACAUCAGAUAUCAAUCUUAUAACCGAGACACUUCAUUCUCUGCUUGAUCUGCCGGCACUCUCCGCCUCAGUAUGUCUCCACGAGAGUUCUCUCAACAUGUUGGUGCAGGCAGGGUUCAAAGUUCCGGUGCUGGUCUCUGCUAGACAACAGGUGGAGUCUGAUUCUAACCUCAAUUCUGUCUACAUUCACAUGAUGAGAACAGAAGCAAAAACAGGGGAAACUUCAGAUCUGCUCAAGUUGUAUCCUAACUAUUGGUCUGUGUUGAGAACGUUGUUUUCUUUGGGGUUGGUCGACGUAUGUUCGCAAGUUUCUCAUCUUCUGCUUCAGGUGUUCUUGGAAUCUGUUUACAAAAACAAGGAAGCCAACAAGCUAAUUUUCCCUGUAUUGUUGUCAAGAAUUCCCCUCUUGUGUCCAAUUCCUGCUUAUCAGAAGUCUGUUUAUGGUGUUUUGUCCCAGUAUGUAUCGAAGGUAUCGUCACUACAGCCUGAACUGAUGGAACUAAGCUGCAUUAGUCAGUUUCUAUCAGUGUCAAAUUAUUGUCAACUUUGUCCACAACUGUUUGGAUCGUUGGUUGAAGCUGUCGGUAAACAUGUUAACACGGGACAAAAUGUCAGUGAAUGUUUUGAAACUCUAGAGGCUAUCUUACAUGAGUUCUUGCAAGAAAAGGCUACUAAGGAUUUGAAGCUGGAGACUUCCUUAUGUGACUCCCUUGCUAUGUUGACUUGCAGAAGUCCAGGAUUGAUCCCUAGAGCAAUUAUUGCCUUCGAAAAACUUAUAAAAAAGCAAGAAAUUACUCCUGGAGAAGACGAAGACACUUUUUUACAACACACCAAAGAACUCAUUAGGAUUUUAAAAAGUCCAAGGUUAGCUCACUUAGUGUUGACUCCAUCAUGCAAAGAAGACAGCACAAUCGCAUCUCUAGUCAAGGUCUUGCUUCAGUUCACAGAAUAGAUAUUAAGUAUAUACUGUGAUAAAACUAUUCCUUCUCAUCUAAAUAUUUUAAGCCCUUGAUACCCGACAAUGUUGGCUUCCUUGUACUGUUUAUAGUACAGAAAGCUGCUAAUUGCUGCAUAUUUAUACUUUGUCGUAUGGUUUAUACUUUGGCGCAUAUCAAGAUUCCAACGAAACAACACAAAACAGCGUGAUUCUAUUAUGCACGUAAUCCGUGUACGCUUGGAAAUAGGUUGGCAACACUUAAAGAUAAUAAUACUAUGAGCAGCUGAUUGACUAUUAUAACUACGAUUUAACCUGUCAUUUUGUGUUUAUAGUUAACGUUCUCUUUUCGUUUCGGUAUUUCUGAACUUUCUGGACUUUUCUUUUAAACGUUUUUAAAACAUUCCUACGAUCUUAAUAAACAAGAAAAUACCUUUAAAGCAAUUUUUUAGGCGCGGAAACCACUGCAAAUUAAAAAAAUAUACGGAACUAUUUUGUCAAGUCGCGGAGCACAUUGCUUGCCGAGGAAAAAAUAGCGGAGUGAUACGGACCGGGGACUACUUUCUCUAGGGCACCUAUUUGUGUUGCCAGCUGAACCUAAAAACGUGUUGUAUAGUGUUUGAAAUACUAAUUAUUUUACAUGCUUUAUAGUGACUGUAGGAAAAAUAUAAUGUGUAACACGAGUGCAAAAGGCCUUUGCUGCACUCGAGAUCAUUCCGCAUAUAGGUAAACGUUGCUCUCGAGUGCAGCAAAGUGCCCACUAGUUACACAAAUAACUAUUUCUAUUGUCAAUGAUGUGCCUUAAACUUUUAAGAACCAUGUAUUGUGACAAAGUCAGCAAAUGUGAAUGUAGGAGUUGUUCUAAUAAGUUGCAACAUCUCAGAGCUAGCAGCAUGGUAAUUGAGAAUAAAAUGGACAAGGACAAGAGUGUACUUGCCAUGUAAAAUUUUGAUCAACUGUCAACUUAGUUGAGUUUGUGUACAACAUGAAGUACUAUGCUGUCACCAAUAAAGCUUGUUCAUAAAACUAAUUGUACAAAAUUAAUUCUAUUAUUUUUACAAUUUGCUUAACCAAUAGCCAAAAAGUACUAUUAGAUUUUUAAACAGUUUUUUAAGAUAAUAUAUUUUUCAAUAUAUAUUCUAUUUUCAAGAGUUGAACUGUGGUCUACAUAUCCUAAAGGUGUAGCGGUGUAGCUCAUAAUUUCAUACCUUUUGGUCUUUAAGAAAGUUUUUCUAUGAUGAUAUAGUAUUUAAGACUGAUAUGUUAAAAAAUAAGUUAUUCUAUCUUUGCAUUUCUACUUUGUUUGUGUGUUUACUA